AUGAACUCAAAGUUACUUAAACUAUACUUCCAGCUCAUAUAUAUUUCUGUAACAUCAGUGACAACUUUAACAGCACUUUAUGCCAGGCCCGGAUGCAAUGAUACAUGUGGAAACAUGCGGAUUCCAUACCCUUUUGGAAUCGGUCAAGGUUGUUAUCACAACGAAUGGUAUGCUGUUGAUUGCAGGUCAUCAACAGCAUACCUUUCGGCGAUAAACAACCUGGAAAUCUUUGCUUUAAAUUUAGAAAACCAAACCGUGACAGUUAAUGUUUUCAUGACUUCUGACUGUCAAAACACAGUUAGAAACAGUAGUCAGAUUUUGAGUGUAGAUUUACGAGGAAGCCCGUUUUUGUUUUCUCAAGAACAUAACAGGUUUACCGUUGAAGGGUGUGGGAAUGCAGUUAUUAUGGAGCAGGGGAAUCUGCUUACUGGGUGCUCAACUAUAUGUCAAAACGGAAUGGUUAAUUUAACAAACAAUUGUUAUGGGAUAAAUUGUUGUCAAACCACGUUACCGUACUAUCUUGAGACAUAUAGUGUGAAUAAUUCAGGGUUGCAAAGGCAGAGUGCUGACGGGGCUUGUGGGUCUGCGUUUUUGGUUGAUGAACGAUGGUCUGCUGCCAGACGGUCUUCUGGACAGUCUGCGGUGGUGGACUCAUAUGUUCCAAUUUCACUUAGGUGGAGACUAACAGAAGGAGAUAUUAGUGGGACUAAUUGUUCAUCUAGAGGAGAGGAUCUUCUUUUGGGUAAUGGUACUAGUGUUGGAUCAUACAAAUGUAGCUGUUCACCAGUUCAAGAAGGAACCCCGUAUUUAAGUAAUGGAUGUCAACUUGUUGCAGCAUGCAAUAAUUGUACCGGGGAAUGCAAGUCAAAUAGAGGGAAUAUCACUUGCGUUCCAUAUCCGUUCACUGUAACAAGAAGCAAAUCAUCAACGUUGGCUGUUAUCCUAGGUGUUAGCAUAAGCAUUGGGCUACUGAUUCUUUCAGCAUCUACAUUUGCUCUUUACCAACUAAUCCAAAAGACAAAAGACAAUAGACGAAAGCAAAGGUUUUUCAGGCGUAAUGGUGGUCUACUCUUAAAGCAGCAAGAAUCAGCUAAUGAUGAUGGUUUAGUUGAUAAAACCACACUCUUCACAGCCAAAGAGUUGGAAAAAGCAACUGAUCACUUCAAUGAGAACAGGAUACUUGGCCGAGGAGGUCAAGGAACAGUCUACAAAGGCAUGUUGACUGAUGGGAGAAUAGUAGCAGUCAAAAAAUCAAAGAUAGUUGACGAAAGUCAAUUAGAGCAGUUUAUAAACGAGGUUGUCAUUCUUUCACAAGUCAACCAUAGAAACGUUGUCAAAUUGUUGGGAUGUUGCUUAGAAACCGAGGUUCCUCUUUUAGUAUCUGAAUUUGUUUCAAACGGGACAUUAUAUGAACAUAUUCAUGAUGAUAGUGACGACUUUCCUCUCACUCUAAACACACGCUUACGGAUUUCUACAGAGAUAGCAGGAGCCUUAGCCUAUUUGCAUUCGGCAACUUCUAUUCCCAUAUACCACAGAGAUAUUAAAUCCACCAACAUACUUCUGGAUGACAAAUACCGAGCCAAAGUUUCUGAUUUUGGAACUUCAAGAUUUGUGUCAAUCGAUCAAACCCAUUUGACCACUUUAGUUAAAGGGACAUUCGGAUACCUAGAUCCAGAGUAUUUUCAAUCAAGUCAGUUUACUGAAAAGAGCGAUGUUUACAGUUUUGGGGUUGUUUUGGUAGAACUUUUAACAGGAGAGAAACCUAUAUCUUUAACUAGAUUUGGAGAACAUAGAAGUUUGGCUACAUACUUUAUGAUGACAAUGGAAGAAAGCCAGGUAAUGUCAAUAAUUGAUUCAAGGAUUAUAAGUGAAGGUUCUCGGGGUGAGCUAAUGGCAGUAGCAAACCUUGCAAUGCAAUGCUUGAACUUGAAUGGAAAGAAUAGGCCAACUAUGAAAGAAGUAGCAUCUGAGUUGGAACGUAUUAGGACAAGUCACGUACCAUCUACAAUUCAAACCGAUUAUAGAAAGCCUAAGUACAAUGCCGGAGAAGAAGAAAUGAUCAUGUUCUCAUUUGAUGAUUCAACAUUACAUAAACUAUAUAUCCAGCUCAUAUUCAUUUCUAUAACAUCAGUGACAACAAUAACAGCUCUUUACGCCAGGCCCGGAUGCAAUUAUACAUGUGGAAACACCCUGAUUCCAUACCCUUUUGGAAUCGGCCCAGGUUGUUAUUACAACGAAUGGUACGCUGUUGAUUGUAGGUUAUCAGCACCAUAUCUUUCUGCAAUAGAAAACCUGAAAAUCUUUGCUUUCAAUUUAGAAAACCAAACUGUGACGGUUAAUAUUUUUAUGACUUCUGACUGUCAAAACACAGUUAGAAACAGUAGUCAGAAUUUGAGUGUAGACUUACGAGGAAGCCCGUUUUUGUUUUCUCAAAAACAUAACAGAUUCACCGUUGAAGGGUGUGGGAAUGCGGUUAUUUUGGAGCAGGAGAAUCUGCUUACUGGGUGUUCCACUAUAUGUCAAAACGGACCGGUUAAUCUGACAAAUAAUUGUUAUGGGAUAAAUUGUUGUCAAACCACGAUACCGCACUAUCUUGAGAGAUAUAGUGUCAAUACUUCAGGGUUGCAAAGGCAGAGUGCUGAUGGGGCUUGUGGGUCUGCAUUUUUAGUUGAUGAACAACUGUCUGCUGCUAGACGGUCUUCUGGGCAGUCUGCGGUGGUGGACUCAUAUGUUCCAAUUUCACUUAGGUGGAGACUAACAAAAGGAGAUAUUACCCUCGCUCAAAGCCCAGUUAGUGAGGAAGACCUUAUGGUUCACAUUCUAACCCAACUGGGUGAUGAAUACACUCCCAUUGCGUCCGCACUAAAAGUCCGCGAGACACCAAUUUCCUAUCCGGAACUUCUUGAUAAGCUUGUGGACUUUGAACGCUCCUUAAAGCCGGCUGAUGAACCCGUUACUCCUAUUAUUGCUACCGCCAAUGCAACCCAAAAACAACAAUCCCGCCCUACCUAUCGGUCUUCCUACGGUUCACAGCCUCGGAACCAGCGAAGCCAACAAUCUAGUUCAUUCCAGCGAGCUUCUCGUUCUAACAGUUCCACCAGAUUCCAACGGGGUUCAUCCUUCAACCGCAAUGACCAAUUUUGUAAUUUUUGCGAAAUUAAUGGUCAUGACACACCUGAUUGCAGGAAACUUCAAAGAUUUCUUAAAGAAAAUCGAAUCGUCUUCAACAAUUCCAACCCUGUUGCUAAUACCGCCACCACCAAAUCGGGAUCUCAUAUGUGGAUGAUGGACAGCGGUGCAUCGCAUCAUCUCUCCUCCUCUCCUUCUGCACUUACUUCGGUCUCAGAUUAUGGUGGUCCCGAUGAGGUUGUCCUUGGAAAUGGUAUGGGACUCUCUAUCUCACAUAUUGGUUCUACUCAGUUUUCUACUAAAACCAAACCAUUAACUUUACCUAAUAUUUUAUGUGCUCCAAACUUGCGUACAAACUUAAUAUCCGUUGCAAAAUUAUGUCGCACUAAUCAAGUCUCUGUUGAAUUCUUUCCUUUUCAUUUUUUUGUGAAGGAUCUCAAAACGGGGGCGCCUAUCAUGCGGGGGGAGAACAUCCAUGAUGUUUACUACUUGAACCAAUUGUCGCAAUUUCCACAAGUUAACACCACUACGUCCGUCUCACCUCUCCAAUGGCAUCAUCGACUUGGACAUCCGUGUUUUCGUACUUUUAAAUUUCUUUGUAAAGACCUUGGUCUAAACUUUAAAUCAUUGUCGUAUUCUACCUUACAUUGUCCGUCAUGUUCAAUUAAUAAAUGUCACAAGUUGCCAUUUGGAUCAAACUCGUUUGUUGCCACAAAACCAUUACAACUUCUCUAUUCGGAUGUAUGGGGACCGGUUCAGCAGUCCAUUGAUGGGUUUAAAUACUAUGUUGUUUUUUUUCAAUCACAAAUUAUCUCCCUUUUUACUGACAAUGGAGGCGAGUUCAUUGGUCUUUUGCCUUUUCUCCAAUCCAUGGGGAUUUCGCAUUACACCACACCCCCGCAUACCCCUGAACAAAACGGUAUAGCCGAGCGUCGUCAUCGUCACAUUGUAGAAACAGGACUAGCCUUGCUUCACUAUGCCGGGCUCCCGCUCUCCUUUUGGUCUCAUGCAUUCCAAACGGCGGUUUAUCUUAUCAACCGUCUCCCUACACCAAAUCUCAACUCCAAAACACCAUAUCACAUGCUUUAUCGUGCAUCACCCAAUUACACCAAACUCAAAACAUUUGGUUGUCUAUGUUAUCCGUGGCUCAAACCUUAUGCCACAUCCAAACUAGAACCUCGUUCUCAACCAUGCAUUUUCUUAGGAUACUCUACAUCCAAAUCAGCUUACAAGUGUUUUGAUUCCCGGACAAACCGUCUUUACCAUUCUCGACAUGUUGUCUUUGUUGAGGACAACUUUCCAUUCAAACAAAAAAAAUUCACUCUGCCUACUCCACGUGAUUUCCCUUACAACAAUUCUUGUCCACCAUCUAUGCAUAUACCCUUACCAAACUCCCCUCAAAUUAAUGCACCACCUUUGCAUGCGUCUACUACACAUGAUUCCCAACAAAAUGAACCAACAUCACCUGUCCAAAUUUCCACACCACACUCCCCUCCUAGUACGUCAACCCCAUCUUCAAUUUCUCACGCCACAGAUGAACUUUCAACGACCCAACCUUCCGCUACACCCCUCUCAACCACCUCACAAACUCCAUCUUCUCCUUCCAACUCUGUUUUACAAUCCACGCACCCACCCUUACCUCCGAGACCUCGCAAACCCAAUCCAAAGUAUUACAAUUCCCAUUAUGUUAAUACCACCACUGUCCAUCCCAUUCCACCGUCCCUUGAACCAAAAACUUAUCUUCAAGCAUCUAAAGAUCCAUUAUGGCGCAAGGCUAUGGAUGACGAAUAUAACGCCUUACUUCGAAAUCAAACAUGGGAACUUGUGGCUCCUUCUGCUCGCGAACCGAUUGGUUGCAAAUGGGUUUUUCGUAUCAAACGUCGUUCUGAUGGUAGCAUUGAUAAGUAUAAGGCACGUCUCGUGGCCAAAGGAUUCUUGCAAGAAUAUGGGAAGGACUAUUUUGACACGUUUAGUCCGGUUACAAAACCCGUUACUAUUCGUACGGUGCUCGCUAUUGCCUUAUCUAAGGAUUGGCCGUUACGCCAACUGGACGUCAAUAAUGCGUUUUUGCAUGGUCACUUGCACGAGGAGGUAUACAUGAUACAGCCUCGAGGGUAUGUUCACCCGCAAUUCCCAAAUCACGUGUGCAAAUUACGUCGAUCUCUAUAUGGUCUAAAACAAGCGCCACGGGCAUGGUACAUGGAACUCACCUCUUUCUUGACCGAUUUUGGGUUCAUUAAGUCUCAUGCGGAUGCCUCUCUGUUUAUUUACAAUCAUGGUGAUACAAAAUGCUAUUUUUUAGUUUACGUUGAUGACAUAAUUCUGACAAGCAACAACAAUAAGUUUUUGGAUCAUUUUGUGCCAAGUAUUGCUUCUCGUUUUUCAGUAAAAGACUUGGGAUAUCCAAGUCAAUUUUUGGGGGUAGAACUUAUACCUACAACAAAUGGGUUAUUUUUAUCUCAAUCAAGGCACAUACAUGAUUUAUUAUCUCUUCAUCGCAUGGAUGGAGCCAAGUCAGUUAACACCCCACUAUGCUCUUCACAAGUUCUCACACUUGAAGAUGGUACUCCAAAAGUUGACUCGACACCAUACCGUAAGCUUGUGGGUUCUCUUCAGUAUCUUGCCUUUACACGUCCAGAUAUCUCUUUUGCAGUCAACAAACUUUCACAAUUCAUGCAUCAACCAACCCAGACACACUGGCAAGCCCUUAAAAGAUUGCUUCGCUACCUCAAAGGCACAAUUUAUCAUGGACUGUUUCUAAAAAAGAGUUCCCCUUUCGAGCUCACUGCCUUCUCCGACUCAGAUUGGGGAGGUGUCUCCACCGCUGGUCGCUCAACGACAGCCUAUCUUAUAUAUCUUGGUGGGAAUAUCAUAUCGUGGAAAUCAGCACGACAAAAGUCAGUCUCACGAUCUUCAACCGAAGCAGAAUAUAAAGCACUUGCAAAUGCAGCCGCCGAGCUUGCGUGGGUUGAAAAUCUUCUCAAAGACCUCGGUGUCUCUGUGAACGUACCACCUCGUCUUUUCUGUGACAAUACAGGUGCAACUUACUUAUGUGCUAAUCCUGUGUAUCACUCGCGCAUGAAACAUGUGGCCUUAGACUAUCAUUUUGUUCGGGAGAAAGUUGCUGCGGGCACAUUACGGGUUCAUCACAUAAACUCCAAGGACCAACUUGCAGAUGCUCUCACUAAACCGCUCUCUCGGGCUCCCUUUCUACAGUUACGGUCCAAGAUUGGUGUUUCUGACGGAACCUCCAUCUUGCGGGGGCAAUGCAAAUAUUGUAACGGUAAAUGCAACUUGAAUGACGGGAAUAACAGUUGCAGUCCAGUUUCACCUCGGUUAACUGUAUAUAUAGACAAAGUAUCAAUGGUUGUAGCUAUUCUAGCUCUUAACUUAAUCAUUGGGAUAAUUCUUAUACCAUAUAUAUAUUCACUUUACAAACUAAUUCAAAAGACAAAAGACAAGAGACGAAAGCAAAGGUUUUUCAAGCGUAAUGGUGGUCUACUCUAUAAGCAGAAAGAAUCAGCUGAUGAUAGUUUGGUUGAUAAAACCACACUCUUCACCGCCAAAGAGUUGGAAAAAGCAACUGACUACUUCAAUGAGAAUAGAAUACUUGGCCGAGGAGGUCAAGGAACAGUCUACAAAGGCAUGUUGACUGAUGGAAGGAUAGUAGCAGUCAAGAAAUCAAAGAUAGUUGACGAAAGCCAAUUAGAGCAAUUUAUAAACGAAGUUGUCAUUCUUUCACAAGUCAACCAUAGAAACGUUGUCAAACUGUUGGGAUGUUGCUUAGAAACCGAGGUUCCUCUUUUAGUAUCUGAAUUUAUUUCAAAUGGGACAUUAUAUCAACAAAUUCAUGAUGAUAGUAACGAGUUCCCUCUCACCCUAAACACACGCUUACGGAUUUCUACAGAGAUAGCAGGAGCCUUAGCCUAUUUGCAUUCGGCAACUUCUAUUCCUAUAUACCACAGAGACAUUAAAUCCACCAAUAUACUGCUGGAUAGCAAACAACGAGCCAAAGUUUCUGAUUUUGGAACUUCAAGAUUUGUGUCAAUCGAUCAAACCCAUUUGACCACUUUAGUUAAAGGGACAUUUGGCUACUUGGAUCCAGAGUAUUUUCAAUCAGGCAAGUUUACUGAAAAGAGCGACGUUUAUAGUUUUGGGGUUGUUUUGGUUGAGCUUUUAACAGGAGAGAAACCGAUAUCUGUAACUAGAUUUGAUGAACACAGAAGUUUGGUUACACACUUUAAGACGGCAAUGGAAGAAGACCACUUGAUGUCCAUAACUGAUUUAAGGAUUAUAAAUGAAGGUUCUCGGGGUGAGCUAAUGGCAGUAGCAAACCUUGCAAUGCAAUGCUUGAACUUGAAUGGAAAGAACAGGCCAACUAUGAAAGAAGUAGCAUCUGAGUUGGAACGUGUUAGGACAAGUCACGUACCAUCUGCAGUUCAAACGGAUUAUAGAAAGCCUAACUACAAUGCUGGAGAAGAAGAAAUGAUCUUAUUCUCAUUUGAUUAAACGUUUUCGUGCAUUUGUUUUAUGUUUUUGUAAUAUAUAUAGAACCGUUGAAUUUACAAACUGAUGUGAAAAUUUCAUGUAUACACUCCAUA